UUUUUCUAAACCUAUAUUAUAUGCUAUCCACUCCCAGUCUACACUACAACUACCACCGCCAUCAACUUCUUCUAUGCCGUCUUUCAGACUUUCACUCUCAUCCUGAACCACUGAACAAUGAAGAACAAACUUCCUGUUGUUCUUCACCUUUUCUUCUUCUUCUUCUUCUUCUUCUUCAUUCUCUUACAUUCGUCAAAUGGAUUUUCAGAUCUUGAUGCACUCUUGAAGCUCAAACAAUCAAUGGCUGUAGCACCAGAAAGGUCCGGAUUAGACGACUGGGUAGCACCUCUACCUAAUUCCAUUGUUUCCAAUUCUCAUUGUUCGUUUUCAGGAGUUACGUGUGACGAGAAUUCACGUGUAACGUCGUUGAUCAUCUCGAACGUUGCUUUGAACGGUAGUAUUCCGCCGGAGAUUGGGGUUUUGAACAAGCUUGUUAAUCUCACGCUUACAUCUAAUGGACUCACCGGUGAACUUCCUGUGGAGAUGUGUAAUCUGACUUCGAUUAGGUUUAUCAACUUCUCGACUAAUGCGAUUACUGGCGAGUUUCCUGGUGAGAUCGUGGCGGCGAUGGCGGAGCUUGAAGUGUUCGAUGUUUAUAACAAUAAUUUCAGCGGGAUGCUGCCGUUGGAGUUUGUGAAGUUGAAGAAUCUGAAAAAGCUUUUUCUCGGAGGUAAUUUCUUCAGCGGUGAGAUUCCGGAGGAUUACUCGGAGUUUCAGAGUCUACAGAGCUUAGGAUUGCAAGGUAACGCACUCACCGGUAGGAUUCCGUGGAGUUUAUCAAGGUUAUCGACGCUUGAGGAGCUUUGUCUAGGCUAUUUCAAUAGCUACGACGGCGGAAUUCCGCCGGAGUUCGGUUCGUUUAAAUCGUUAAAAUUACUCGACAUCGGAGGUUGUGAUCUCUCCGGCGAGAUUCCGGAGAGCCUUGGGAAUUUGAAGAUGUUACACACUCUGUUUCUUCAGUUCAACAAUUUAACCGGCGAAAUUCCACCGGACCUGUCAGGAUUAGUCAGUUUGAAGUCACUUGAUCUCUCAAGCAAUAAUCUCACCGGCGGUAUACCGGAGAGUUUCUCGGAACUGAAGAACUUGACGUUGCUGAAUCUGUUUCUCAACCAUCUCUCUGGCCCUAUUCCGCCGUUCAUCGGAGAUCUCCCGAAUCUGGAGGUGCUUCAGUUAUGGACGAACAACUUCACCUUUUCCCUCCCGCCGAAUCUCGGUAGCAACGGCAAACUUCUCAUACUAGACGUCGACGGCAACCACCUCACCGGAACCAUUCCACAAGAUUUAUGCAAAGGAGGAAAGCUACAAAUAUUGGUUCUGAUGGUAAAUUACUUCUUUGGGCCGCUACCGGAGAAACUUGGCGACUGCAAAUCGUUAACAAAGAUUCGAAUCAUGAACAAUUUCUUCAACGGAACUAUUCCGGCCGGCGUAUUCAACUUGCCGGAACUCACCAUGCUUGAGCUUGACAACAACUAUUUCAGCGGGGAGCUUCCGGCGGAAAUGUACAGCGAAUCUCUUCAAAUCGUUUCAAUUUCAAACAACCGGCUCACCGGAAUAAUACCUCCGGCGAUUGGUGGUUUGGUGAAUAUAACAAAACUUUCUCUACAAUCCAACAAUUUAAUCGGUGGAAUCCCGUAUGAGAUGUUUAAUUUGAAGAGAUUGUAUGCGAUUAACUUCAGCGACAACAAUCUAACCGGCGAGAUUCCGGCGGAUAUUGGAAACUGCUCCGAUCUAACUUCAUUAGAUUUAAGCCGGAAUGAAUUGCACGGAGAAUUUCCGAGAGGGAUUCUCAGUUUAUCAAGCUUAAACAUUCUCAACGUCUCCCGGAACAAACUAAUCGGUGAGAUUCCGGCGAAAUUAGGUCACAUGAAAAGCUUAACGGUUUUAGAUCUUUCCUACAACCAAUUCUCCGGCAGAGUCCCCUCCGAUGGCCAACUAAAAGACUUCAACGACACAGUCUUCGCCGGAAACCCUAAACUGUGUUCACCUCACCUCCCUCACUGCGAAUCCAUAACAAAUCACAAACAUCAUUCCGUUUCCCUCAACAAAUCAAAACUCUUCCUCUCCAUCUUCAUCCCAAUCACGAUAACAUUCUCGAUUCUAAUCUUCUUCCUUCUAAUCAAACAGAAGAACAAGAUCCUAAAAUCAAAAUCAUGGAAACUAACGACUUUUCAAAGGCUAGAUUUCAAAGCAGAAGACGUUAUCGUAUGUUUAAAAGACGAAAACAUAAUCGGAAAAGGAGGUGCCGGAAUCGUCUACCGAGGAUCAAUGCCAAACGGAAUCGACGUCGCAAUCAAACGAUUAAUGGGAAGAAACCACGGAUUCGAAGCAGAAAUCCAAACAUUAGGAACAAUCAAACAUCGAAACAUCGUGAGAUUACUGGGGUACGUUUGCAAUCGUGACACCAAUCUUCUUCUCUACGAGUUCAUGUCUCAUGGAAGUUUAGGCGAGAUUUUGCAUGGGCCAAAAGGUGCCCAUUUGCAAUGGGAAACGAGGUAUAAGAUUGCGAUUGAAGCUGCUAAAGGAUUGUGUUAUCUUCAUCAUGAUUGUUCGCCUUUGAUUAUUCAUCGAGAUGUGAAAUCGAAUAAUAUAUUGUUGGAUUCGGAUUAUGAAGCUCAUGUUGCUGAUUUUGGAUUGGCUAAGUUCUUGAGGGAUGCUGGUGGAUCCGAAUGCAUGUCUUCUAUUGCUGGAUCGUAUGGAUAUAUUGCACCAGAAUACGCCUACACACUAAAAGUCGACGAAAAAAGCGACGUGUAUAGUUUCGGCGUCGUUCUUCUGGAACUAAUAUCCGGGAAAAAGCCAGUAGGGGAGUUUGGCGACGGAGUAGACAUUGUGAGGUGGGUGAGAGACACAAUCUCCGAGAUCCCUCCGCCGCCGGAAACCGCCGUGGUGGUGGCGGUGGUGGAUUGUAGGUUGAAGGGGUAUGUUUUGGAAAGUGUUGUGGAUAUGUUUAAGAUUGCGAUGAUGUGUGUGGAGGAAGAGAGUACACGUCGGCCUAAUAUGAGGGAAGUUGUUCAGAUGUUGACGAAUGGGAAUUUGUAACUGAAAAAACAAACUAGGGUUUAACUGUAUAGUGUUGGUGGGUUUUGAAGAAUAAAAAAAUAUGGGGUGUACUAGUUUUGUUGCAUGAGGUACGAGUACAACGUACAAUGCUCAUGCAUGAAUUAUAAGUUAUAUGAACGUUUUGUUCCUUGAUCUACAUGUCUUUUUAAUGAAUUUUUAUUAUGAGAA